GCCAGCCUAAGAACAGGGACACUCAAGAGGCCCGUGGAACAUGGCCCAGUCCUGGGUGCCCAGGAAGGAGUCUGGGCUUGUUUCUUCUGUACCUAAGUAUCCCUCGUGGCCUCUGCCUCGUCUCGGGCUUUGAAAGGAGAUCCAGAGGGGAGAGGCCCCCCGUCUAUGGAAGACACAGUCCUUGCCCUCUAGGGUCUCCCAGUCUGAAGGACUUCCUGUUACCUGCAUGAUAUAGUCCAAACCCCACGACCCUUCAUAAUCCCCAUCUCUCCUAACCUCUCUGGCAUUGCUUCCUGCUCUUCCUCAUAAAUUCAGUUCAAUUCAUUCAUUCAUUCAUUCAUUCAUUCAUUCAGCACUAAUUGAGCACCUGCUGAGGAUUUAGCAGUGAACGAGGCUGGCAAGCACCCAGUUCUUUUGGAGUUUACCUUCUCUUUUAGAGUUUACAUUCUAGUGGAGAGAGCUAGAUAAUAAAUGAACAAAAAGUAAACAGGAGCAUUUCUGAUGAUGACAAACAGUAUGAAAAAAGUCAACCAGGAUGUGAUCAAAAGGGGCUGGGGAGUUACCCUAGCUUUGAGUAAUCAGGGAAGGCUUCUCAGAGAAGGUGACGUUUGAAUGGAGACCUUCUAUCAGGAGGUACUGGGCUGCAAGAACAGAAACCCCACCUAAAAGUAGUUUAACCAUACAGAAAGUUUAUUAUCUCAUAUAACAAGUUUCAAGGUAGAAUGGUUUUGGAGUUUGGAUAAUUCAGCAGCUUGGUAAACCCACCAAGGACCCAGAUUCCUUUUGUCUUUUUUCUCUGCCAUCUUUGGCCUGUCAACCACUCCUCUUCAGGUCAUGAAGUGGCUGCAGCAAAUCCAGGCAUUACAUCUUCAUACAACAAUGUCAAAAGACCAGAACAUUCCUUCCUCAUGUCUCUUUUAAGAACAAGAAAAACUUUCCUGUAAUCCCCCCAGCCAACUUGCCCUCACAUCUCUUUGGUCAGAAACCAGCACCUGCCCUUUCCGAAACCUCUCCCAGGCAAGGGGCAUGGAACUGGCACCAUCACCGGUUUAUUGAAUGAACUAACCUCUGUGGGAUACCAACAGGAAACUACUUUCUCUCUGACCUUUCAAACCUGUUCUCCCAUUGAUGACCUUUCACUCAAACCCUUGGCUGCCUGGUUAUUUUCAUUUGGAAGACCUAAUCCUGCUUCAGUAAUUAUGACUAUUUUUAGGGUUUAAAACGUCUCAUCCAGACUACAUCAAAAUUUCAACCUCACGUCCAUUCUCAGUCAUCCUCCCUCCUGUUACCCCGGGUCCCCCAGCUCAGGCCUGAUCCCUGGCAUAGGGUCCUGCUGUGGAGAAGGGGGCACGGCCUGUUCUUUCUCUUUUUUCUCCACUUCCUUCCCCUUCUGGUUCUUCUGAUGUCAGAAAAGGGAAUUAGAAGAAUUAGAGGAAAAGGGACAAAAGUCUGAAGUCACUGAUACUGUUAUAAUCCCACUGCCUCUGUGUGGCAAGUGCUCACACCCUGGCUAUCUCAGGGGGCCCUUUUAUGGUCUCCUUGGAAGCUCUGUGUGGACCUUACACAGCCCAGUUUCCUGCCGAAGGCAGUUCUAUUUGGCUGCCCUCGAAUGAAGCUCCCGAAGCGCCUGCAGACCACCCACAGCCUCUUACUUUUGGAUCCCUCCCCCAAAGCAGGCUGCCCUCUUGGCUGGAGAACUUCACAGAUAGCUUGAGGCCUGCUGCCCUCCAAAACGUCCACUUGUCCCAGAGGACAUGCACACAUCCUUGCCCUGCCAAGCCGGGACAGCAGGCUACCUCGCGCUGCCCUCUCCCCUGCUGUGAUGAGAAGCCAGUACCGCUCCCCACACGCCCAGAGAGGCCUUGCUGAGCACUCCCGUGAACUCUCCUCCAUUCUGCGCUCCAGUGGUAGCUCUGGAGUGGCCCUACCAGGUUCUGCGACUCAGCAGGAGUCUGACCCUGGGUGGAGGGGCGGGACACAUGAGCUAGCAUCCCCUUCCUGCAGCACCAGUCUCUGAAGCGUUCUCUGUGGAGUCUCUCAUCUGACACGGGGAAGGGGACACCCAUCCUCUCCCUGGACUCUUCUCCCAUGUCCACCUACUCCAACCCCUUCUCUCUCCUUCCAGAAAAUUUAGAUUUCUGCUCUUGUCUUUCUAUAGACUGGUUGGGGUGGAGGAGGGAGAGACUAGUUUUGCUCUUUGAUAAGCCCAGAGAGGUUAUCUGUGGCUCCAGGGGGCUCUCUUUAGAAUGUAGAGCAACUCUCUGUCAGCUAUCAUCCUCAGCUUGAGUCUUUGGCCAAAAGGCCGAGACCGUGGAACAAGCCCCUUUCAAUGUCCUGUUCUACCAUUAUUGGCUUAGACAGAUCCAGAUUUACCCCCAGGGGCCGGGGCAGGGACAGGCUGCUGCCCUUGAACAAAACCCAAGUUGUGUUAGCAAGGAAGAAGGGAGAACAAACUGUUGGGUGGCACCAGACAGGGUUUGCAGCAAACCUGUAUGGCUAGGUGGAGCCAGCCAGGUGAGGAAAAGGAGGAGGAGUGCUCCUGGCAGGGGGAGCAGCUAGGGCAAAGAUCUAGGGGGAGGAAUGAGCUUGGCAUGUUCCAGGAACAGCUACUAUGCCUAUGUGGGCAGACAUGGUGGGUGAGGGGCUGAGUGCCAUGAGAUCAUCUCAGAAGGUAGGCAGGGGCCAGAUCCCGCGGGUCUGGAGACCAGGUCCAGGGAUUUUGGGUUUGAUUCCAAGUGUGGUAGAAAGUCACUGGAAGGUCGGAAGCAGAGAAGGGACAUGAUCUGAUCUAUGUUUUGACAAGAUCACUCUGGCUGCCUUGUGAAAACUGAAGCAUAAGUUAGCAAGAGAGGAAGCAGGAGACUAGUUAGUCCCAGUGAGAGGUGAUGGGGCCUCCGUGAGGGCAGUGGAGAUGGAGGGAAGUGGAAGGACUUGGGAUUUGCUUUGGGGAUCCUUGGGCGGACACUCUAUCAACACAGGAAUCUUCUAGGUUCCUUGACCAGUAUGCUGUUCCUUUGGCCUGGAAUGUCGUUGGUGCCUCCUAACAACACUUACUCAUCCUCCAGGCCCAGCUGACACAUCAUCUGCUUUGUCCAGCCUUUGCGGCCCCACCCCUCCCUGCAGAAAUGCCCACUCCCUCUUCGGCUCCCACAGCGCUUCAUAAGCACCUCCCUUGUGCCCUUCACACUUCGUGCUGUAGUCAUUUGUUUACUUGUCUGUCUCUCUCCCUGGAUUAUGAGCUUCAAGGAGCUCACUGUCUCCUCACAGAGACCACAGGGAGACACAUGUGAAACUGCUAAAACAGACCAGGAGGUACGCGCUGGAGGGCUAAAUUAGGGGCAGAGGCCGUGAGUGCUGUGGGCGUCAGAGCUCGGGGUACGGAGGUGGCGCUGACCUCUCUUCUCACUGCUCUGAGCCACUGCCUGUUUCCAGAAUGUUUUUCUUGCUCUCUGCCCCCUCAGCACCUAGGGCUUGGGGGCCGUGGGCUGGGGGACCUCCCCUCACAUCCGCUGCGCCAGCCUCCUGCUAGUACCCAAGAUGCUGGGCAAAGAGGGCAGACUCUUCGUGCUGGGAUAUGCCUUGGCUGCCAUCUAUGAGGGACCAGUGGCCAACCUGCGGCACAACCUCAACGAGGUGAUAGCAUCGCUGGGCUGCACCGUGGAGCUGCAGAUCAACAACACGCGAGCGGCCUGGCGCAUUUCCACAGCCCCGCUGCGGGCAGUGUUCAAGGACCUGCUGAGCAGCAAAGAUUCACUGAAAGCUGAGACUCAAAACAUCUCCAGCUCCUUUGAGGACCUGGACACCCAGGUAAAUAGUGAGGCUGGCUACACACCUGAGGAUGCUGUGGACUCAGAGGAGACAGCCCAAGGCGCAGAGACUUACCGAGCUGCAGCCUCCAGACACCACCUCUCUACACAGAAGAUGUAUGAGCUGAAGACCAAGCUGCGUUGCUCCUAUGUGGUGAACCGGGCUGUACUCAGCUGCCGCCGCUGGUUUGAUCAAAAGCACAAACACUGCAUGCAACGCAUCUGGGUCCCGCUCCUCAACCACCUGCUCUGCCUGCCCAUGAAGUUCAAGUUCUUCUGUAGCAUUGCUAAGGUGAUGGAGGUCUGGUGCCGCAGUCGCAUCCCAGUGGAAGGCAACUUUGGGCAGACCUACGAAUCUCUCAACAAGUCUAUUCACGGGCUAAGUGGGGAAUUUUCAGCCACUAUUGACCUCAAGCAAGAGAAGCAGGCUGGGAUUCUGGGCCUCAACACGAGCUGGGAGCACGUGAGCACCGAGGUGCGGGACUACGUGAGACGCCAGGAGGCCCAGCUGGAGUGGGCCCUGGGGCUGCUGCACGUGCUGCUCUCCUGCACCUUCCUGCUCAUCCUCCGCGCGUCCUUCUCCUACGUGGACAGCUAUAAUGGAGACAUUCGCUUUGACAACAUCUACAUCAGCACCUACUUCUGUCAGAUCGAUGAACGCAGGAAGAAGCUGGGCAAACGGACUCUGCUGCCAUUCCGCAAAGCGGAGGAGAAAACUCUCAUCUUCCCUUUCAAGCCUGCUAUCCAGGCCUCAGAAAUGAGAAACGUGAUCAGGGAGCUCGUGGAGACACUGCCCGUUCUGCUGCUGCUGGUGGUGCUGUGUGGCCUGGACUGGGCUCUCUACUCCAUCUUCGACACCAUCCGCCACCACUCCUUCCUGGAGUACUCCUUCCGCAGCAGUCACAAAUUAGAGGUGAAAGUCGGGGGGGACUCCAUGCUUGCCCGGCUUCUUCGGAAAACCAUCGGGGCCCUGAACACCUCCUCAGAGACAGUGGUGGAAUCAAACAACCUGCCCUGCCUGCCCCAGCCUGUGAGCCUGGAUGCCAGGGCCUACUUGAGGGUUGCACUACCCAUCGGCCUGCUAGUGUGUCUCUGCCUGCUCCAGGCUUUCGGCUACCGGCUCCGGAGGGUCAUCGCAGCCUUCUACUUCCCCAAGCGAGAGAAGAAGCGGAUCCUGUUCCUCUACAAUGAUCUCCUGAGGAAGAGAGCAGCCUUCACCCAGCUGAGGAGGGCUGCCAUCCUGCGGCGGGCACGACAGCAGAGGACUCCACGCCACCGCCUGGUGGAUAUCCUGCACCGCCGCUGCCCCUUCUUGCGCCGCUGGCUUCGCCGGCGCUGCGUGGUGUGCCAGGCACCCGAAAGGCCGGAGUCCUACGUGUGCCCGACGCCUGACUGCGGGGCCGUGUACUGCCGGUCGUGCUGGGAUGACAUGCGGCAGCGGUGCCCAGUCUGCACACCCCGCGAGGAGCUCUCUUCCUCCGCCUACAGCGACAGCAACGAUGACGCUACCUACGCGGAGUGAAGAGGCGUCCUGCUCGUUCUCCCACCCGGCUCCUUCCUGUUUAAUAAAAUGCCUUGUACACUCCUGCUGCCCGCGCUUCGCAGGGGUCUGGUACGGGAUGGUGAGCCCGGCGCUGCCUGGCCCGCCUGAUCCCCGCAGAUCCGGGGCGCGGAUGUGAGGCGGGCGGGCAACGAAGCAGCUAGGAAGGGGUCGGGAGCCGGAGCCAGGGAGAGGAGCUACGCCCAAGCCGGUCGGACCGGACAUCGGCUGCCAACCUGCACAGUAGCAGGAAAGCGGCGUAGGAGAGCAGCGUACGGCUAAUCGCAGUCGGGGGCUGGGUCCUCACCUCUUUAGGACCCGGCGCGCGACGGGGGCGGGGCCUUCCCGGGGGCGGAGUCGAGGCGGAGGCGGAGCCUGG